UUCCAUGUACUUUUUCCAUGAACAAAACUCAGUCACGUGAUUGUCUUUGUCAUUCGAACAGCACAGAGAACCACACUGUGGCACACAAAAGAAGCCUAUGUCGUAGAGAAAACAUCGACGGAGGGAAGAAGAUAAGUUUGAUAAGUUUGAAACUAAGUACCUAUAUAAGGACCACUAUCUUCCAUGAUGUCAGCCACCCACCACACAAAUACUACCACGGUAGUCAUGGCCGCUCCCCAACCCACGGUAGUGGUCCAGCAACCCAAGAGGGAAAGGUUUGCGGACAAAAUUUUGCUGAACCUCAUAAUCUCGUUUUUCUUCCCUUUCUGGCUCUUUGUGUGGUGCUGCAUGUGUAUUUGUGAAAAGUGACACAGCGCAAAGGAUCCUCUGGCGAUCAUUUCUGUGCAAGGAUCAUGUUCACAAAAUGUUGAGACGUGACUUUUCAUCCGUAGACUCCAUAAAUAUAAUUUAUGUGUCCUUGCCUUUAUUACUGCGUAUACACUGUUAUUCAGGAUACAUGCCUUUGUAUAUACUUUUGUAUAUUUAUGUUCCGCAAUCAAGCAUAAGAUAGUUAAAUUAAAUGCAUAAUACAACAGUU